GCCAUACGCGGUGCGGACUGUGCCGACGAGAGAGCCUGCGGGAACCCGGACCCCGAGGAGCCCCUCGUCCUCGCCCGGCCUGGCCCGGCCCUGCGCUAUGGAGUCCCUCUGGGUCCCGCUCUUGGGCCUGUGCUGCAGUCUGGCCGCUGCUGACCGCCACACCGUCUUCUGGAACAGUUCAAACCCCAAGUUACAGACUGAGGACUACACAGUACACGUCCGGCUCAACGACUACCUGGACAUCAUCUGCCCACACUACGAGGACAACACUGUGGCCGCCGCCGCCAUGGAGCGCUACACCCUGUACCUGGUGGAGCGUGAGCAGUACCAGCUGUGCCAGCCUCAGCCCCAGGACCGGGUCCGCUGGCAGUGCAGCCAGCCAAGCGCCAGGCACGGCCCGGAGAAGCUGUCCGAAAAGUUCCUGCGCUUCACAGCCUUCCCCCUGGGCAAGGACUUCCAAGAGGGACACAGCUACUACUACAUCUCCAAACCCAUCCACCACCAGGAAGGCCCGUGCUUGAGGCUGAAGGUGACGGUCAGUGGCAAAAUCACUCACAGUCCUCAGGCCCACGCCAACCCACAGGAGAAGAGACUUCCAGCAGAUGACCCAGAGGUACGGGUCCUCCACAGCAUCGGGCACAGCACCGCCCCCCGCCCCUUCCCACUGGCCUGGGCCGUGCUGCUUCUGCCGCUCCUGCUGCUGCAGAUCCCAUGAGGGCGCGGGCCACACCCGGCCUACGGAUUUAGAACUGGGCUGCGCAGGCAGGGCAGGCACGGUAGCCUGGCCUGCGACCCCUGCCACAGCCCCAGGCCUCCUGGGGACCGUUCCCAGCACAUGCACAAGCUGCCACCCGGCAGCCUCAAAACGGGUAUUAAGAGUUUCAACCCAAAAGAGGUCGGCAAGCCUGGCAGGGCCAUCCCUGCCUCCACCUCGAGGGACGGACAGACGAGCGGGGACAGCCCUUCCCCCACCGCUUCUGCCCUGAAGCCAAAGAAACAAGCUGUGCCAGACGUGGCCUCCUAAGAAGGGCCCUGGGGGGGCCAAGGUGGAAGGAGCCUGGGGUCAUACAGGUGGACACUGAGCUUGGCAAGGAGAGCGAGGCAGGGUGCGCAGAGGCGCCGGCUGCGGGAAGAGCAGGAGGCAGCUUCGUGCCUGGCAGCCGGAGGGGGAGAGGCAGCGAGCUUGGGCUGACCCCACAUCUCCCCCAAGACUUCCGGAAGGCUUGGGAGCUGCCGCGGAGAGGGCCGCAGCCGGGCACUGUGGCCGCUCCCAUCUGAGGGCAGCACUCCGCAGAGCUGUGCCAGCAGGGGGGCUGUGCCAACCUGUGUCUAGAGUUUAGGUGUAGGGGCAGGGCCCACGUGGACAGGAUCUGUAUAUAAACUUGUGUGUCUGUGUCAAUUUCUACAACUGGACCUUUUUUAUACAAAAAAAUAAAACGACAUGUUUAUUUGGA